AUGGGGAAAUUAUUCAACGAUCCAGGACAAAACGGGUAUACCCCCAUGGGAAAUCCUCUUCCGACAUGUGGUGGUUGCAGACGUGGUUGUUGUCACGGUCACGGUGGCAACAUGUGGAACUCUGGUAGGCCAUGCACUGAACCCUAUGCAAUGAACGGUCAGCAAAACAUGCAACGCCCUUGCAUGGGACAUUGCAAUCCCACCAAACUAUAUUCUGAUACAUACAACUAUCUGACAGAAAAUCUCAUGCAACCCACAAUAAAAGAGGUAUACAAUGACUUAAGCACCAUAACGCCAAAUAAUACCAUCAUGAAUAAUCCUAUGGGCAAUCAAAUGUUAUCUCAAGAUGCCUACGCUGCUCAAAAUGCCUCAACUCUCCCAAAUAAUUACAAUAACAUGAAUAGUAUGCAGAAUAACAUGGGCGAUGUACCCGCUAAUGAAAUGCAAGGGAAAGGAAUGGGGCAGAUGGGAGCGAUGGGUGGCAUGGGGCCACAAAUUAUGGGCAUGAUUGGAAGCAACCAGGCGUCCAAACCCAAUACCAUGCCUAGUCAAGUAGGAAAUUUAAAAGAACCAAUGUUAAUAGACGCACCCCAAUCCCCUCAUGGAGUGGUUGGUGUGACCCCACUAUCAGCUCCCAUGGGAAAUAAUAAUGGAAUUUAUAAUAACAAUAAUGUAGUUCAAAACGUUGGCUAUCAAAACCCAAAUCAAUAUAACAAUAUGCCAGUUGCAAAUAUGACAAACGCUACCAACAAUCCUCAGAAUAUGCAAGGCUAUCAAAACAUGCCAAAUACGAACGCUAAUCCUGCGGCGCAGCAAAUGGCUGCAGCUCCUCAGCAUAAUUACGGCAGGCAUGCACCUGGUAUCGCUAAAUUCAAUGAAAUGUUCCCUGGUGUUAUGAAGGGAAUCGGUGGAGACUUAAAUUUCGAUCCCAUGGCAAUGGCCAUACAAAUGAACCCAGCGAACCAACAUCAAAGCGCCAUGGACACCAUGCAAAAGAUGAUGACCGGCAAUAGGGGCGGUUUGAACAAUAUGCGUAACAGAAUACCUAAUAUAACUCCAGAACGGCCCGGCAUGGGACAAGCUCUUAAUAAUAAUUUGCCUCCAACCCAAACAAAUGUGCCCGUUCCUCAGGGUCAAAAUGUUAAUCCUGAUCAGAAUAAUGUUCCAGCUACUGAAAAUCAAGGCUCCAGGGUUCCCGCUGAAACGAAUCAACAAGUUUAUACUGCAGUCACUCAACAAGUACCACAACAACAAAUACAAAAUCCACAACAGCAAGAAUAUAAUGGACAGCAACAAAUUGUGAAUCCUAACUCGGGCAACGGAGCAGCUCCACCUCCUGGUACAAUAUACGAAGGUGGUGAUCAGCAAAACGCUCAAGCUCAACCUGCCGAUACAACUGCGGUGUCCGAAGUUCCGAAUACACAACAAUUUAUAAAAGAGCCCAUCUUCCCCGCAGACACUUCUAAAUAUUACGUACCUAGAAAACAACGAUAUGAGCAAACUGCUUAUAAUACCCUCGGACAACCAGUACAAAUGUUACCAGCUCAAAUGUAUCACACUCCCGAACCAGCUCUGCCACAAACUUUAUCACCACAACCUUCCGCGAAGAUGAAUGCCGGCAGAUACGCCAAUGUCAAGUCCACAGUCAGCAGAACAUCAUUAGUAGGCGGUAAAACGUUAGGUCGAAGUACAAGUAGGAAUCAAUUACAACAUAUAUACAACCAAUAUAAGGGAUCUCAGUCAUACACUCAGAAUAAUGGAAAAGUUCCUGAUAACGGAGCCUCUUACUCUGACGGCAAAAUAAAUGUCCCUCGUACAAAUGCACCGACAGCCCAACAGGUGCCUGUUGAAAAAAUAGGCGGAGACACAAUAGCCAAUAAUCAAUUUCAAGAUCAGAGGACUGCUAAAGUUGAACAAGUGAUGGGACAGUUAGGCGAUGUGCCAGGUGCAAAUAAACCAAACGGAGAUUUAGUAGAAAAGGAUCCUCAAGUUAUCAAAAAGACCCGUAAUGGUUUACAAGAUCAAGUGUUCACGGCGUAUCCAACAUCAGCCGCUUGGUCUUUUCAUGGCGACGGCGUCCCUAGAUAUACUGCAGCCUAUCGUAACCGUUAUAGGUUCUAA